UCCUGCUUGGUGGACCAGGGUUGUUGAAGAGAGGUUUUCUGAAAGACAGCCCAGGUUGACGGACAGCAGAGCUGAAAGUUAAGGCCUAGGAAUUUGGGACCCUUACAGCCUUCUGUAGAGGUGGGGAUGGGGGUACUAGAGACAAGCCUUAGAAAUAUGGAAUUCGAGCGAGCGACUGAGACAGCAGAAAGGUCAGGCUUUCCCAGUAAGAGGGAUCAGUCCGUAUUCAGAGAUGGCGUUCCCUGCACUGGGCGGAGCAGAGCUCCAGAUGUCGGGGCGUACACAGCUGGAGGAUCACGUGGCACUGCCUCAGCCCCCUUCCUGCCAACGCUGCAUUUGGCUCAAGCGCGGGUCAUGGCUGCCCUUGGGACCCUGAGCUGACAGUUGGAGGGCCCUACAUUCCGGAGCUGAGACCCCACCCCCUAGUCCCGCGGUCAAGCGCUGCCGCGGUAUCAGGGCCCCGGGCGGAGGUCGACUAAGUGGAUGAAGAAAGGAUAGAGGACCUCGGGCAGGGCGGGGCUGGACAUGAGGAGGAGGCCGCGCCUUUGCCGGGACGCGUGGCUCACGCUGCUGCUCAGCGCCGCCCUCGGCCUCCUGCUCUACGCGCAGCGCGACGGGGCAGCCCCCACGACCAGGGCACCGCCAGCUCGAGGACAGCACCCGCGGCCCACACCCGGUCACCGCGCACGCGAGCUCCCCAACACUGCCCGCGCGCCCCCGCCGGCCUACGAGGGGGACACCCCAGUGCCGCCCACGCCAACCGGCCCCUUUGACUUCGCCAGGUAUCUGCGCGCUAAAGACCAACGGCGCUUCCCGCUGCUCAUUAACCAGCCGCGCAAAUGCCGCAGCAAUGGCGCACCUGGCGGCUCGCCUGAUCUGCUCAUCGCGGUCAAGUCUGUGGUGGCCGACUUCGAGCGGCGGGAGGCCGUACGCCAGACUUGGGGCGCCGAGGGCCGCGUGCAGGGGGCACUCGUGCGCCGAGUUUUCUUGCUGGGCGUGCCCAGGGGCGCCGGCGGGGCGGGCGCGCGGACGCACUGGCGCUCCCUGCUGGAGGCUGAGAGCCGGACUUACGCAGACAUCCUGCUCUGGGCUUUCGAGGACACUUUUUUCAAUCUCACGCUCAAGGAGAUUCACUUUCUAGCUUGGGCCUCAGCGUUCUGCCCAGACGUACGCUUUGUUUUUAAGGGCGAUGUAGAUGUGUUCGUGCACGUGAAGAACCUGCUGCAGUUCCUGGAGCCGCGGGACCCGGCCCAGGACCUUCUCGCAGGUGACGUGAUUGUGCAAGCAAGGCCAAUCCGGGCCAGAGCCAGCAAGUACUUCAUCCCCGAGGCUGUGUAUGGACUGCCAGAGUACCCGGCCUACGCUGGGGGGGGUGGCUUUGUUCUUUCGGGAGCCACGCUCCGUCGCCUAGCAGAGGCCUGCUCGGAGGUUGAGCUCUUUCCCAUAGAUGACGUUUUUCUGGGUAUGUGCAUGCAGCGCUUACGGCUCACACCUGAGCCUCAUCCAGCAUUUCGUACCUUCGGCAUCUCCCAGCCUUCAGCUGCACCAAAUCUUCACACCUUUGACCCCUGUUUUUACCGAGAACUGGUGGUAGUGCAUGGGCUGUCUGCGGCGGACAUCUGGCUCAUGUGGCGCUUGCUGCAUGGGCCUCAAGGCCCAGUGUGUGCACACCCACAGCCUGUAGCAACAGGUCCCUUCCAAUGGAACUCUUAGCUAUCUGUCAAGCCUUUCUCACUCAGCUCCAGGACGGAACAUUAAAGAGCCAGAAGGGGUUUCCCUCGUGGGUUAACAGAGUAUGCAUACUAGUAGGGAAUUGGCUUUCCAUAAAUCUUAGGAAGCAAACACGUUACUUUCCCCAUGGCCAGGCCUCAUGGACCUGGCCAGCACUUUCCUAUAAGAUACUAGCUUCCUUCCUUUUCCACACUGGAUUCCCAGAGGCCAGAUCUGUCUUCUUUGAGGUUUGCUGGGUUGGAGCUGACUAACCCUUCAGGUCCAGGUUUGCCUGCAACAUGACGGGACCAUGAUGUGUCUUGGUUUGCUCAUCAUAUACUCGCACACAACUAUGCCACUGUACUGCUGAAGGGUGCCCCAUCACCUUCUCAGAAGAGUCCCAUGAUCCCUCCCCUAUAAAAGUUCCCAUAUUCCUCAACCACAGCUUCAAGUUAAGCAACAAUUCACAUUUUA